CCAGCACUCGGGAAUGUCCGGGAGAUCUUCGGGGAACCUCGUAUCUGUCCGGCCCUCCCUUCGGCUGUUUCCGUCAGCAGGGCGCUCGCCGUUGCCCUGGGAAACGCUAAGCAUCUCGCCUAGCCCGAGUUGAGAGGCCCUCCAGCCAGGCCUCUCCUUCCCAGGCCGACUCGAGGCGGUGCUGCUGUGAGCUGAUACUUGGGUGCUCGCUAUGGCUGUGUAUAUUGAUCAUCAAAUAGAAGCUCUCGAGUCCCGUGGGCCCCAUUCCCACAUAGCCUGGCACCAUCUUCAACCAUUUUUGGCUGUUGCCUCUCAUUCCGACUCUGGUGGCAGUGUGGAUAUUUUUCUGGAACAGGGAGAACAUGUGUCUGAGGCACAUCUGGAAAGGAAUUUCCGGGCCACAUGCCUCAAUUGGCACCCGUCCAAGCUGAUAUUGGCCGUGGGCUGCGAGAUGGGGGACGUGGUGGUGGUGAACAAGCAAGACAAGGAGCAUCAUGCCGUUCCCUCCAACCACAAUGCCGACAUUACAGUCCUGAAUUGGAGUACCAAUGGCACCCGUCUGGUUUCUGGGGACAAACUUGGUGUCCUUGUGUUAUGGAGGAUGGACCAGCGGGGGCGAGUUCAAGGCCCCCCUCUGCUUAAACAUGAGUACGGAAAGCAUCUCAGUCACUGCAUUUUUCGGCCACCUCCUCCUGGCGAAGACUUGAUCCAGCUUGCAAAAGCUGCCGUGAGUGGUGAUGAGAAGGCCCUGGACAUGUUUAACUGGAGGAAAUCUGGGAUGGGAGUGCCUCUGAAGAUGGGACCCCAGGAAGGACUCUCUUUCUUUGUCAGUGUGACAGAUGGAACUGUGCAUUACGUGAAUGAGAGAGGGAAAACGAACCAUGCGUUGACAGCCGAGAGUUCAGUCCAGAAGUUGCUGUUUAUGGAGAAGGAUGUUCUGAUCGUCCUCACAGAGACUCUCCUCUUAUCACUUUACAAAAUAUCCCUUGAGGCAGAAGUAGAGGAGAUCAUGAAGGUGAAGCUGAGUGGGCAGAUAGGCCACCCUGCCGACAUCAUUUUGAUUGACCGAAGUCUCCUUGUUACUGCAAUAGGUGAACCAGUUCUUAGGUUCUGGGACUUGGAGCGAGGCGAGAACUAUGUGCUCUCUUUAGAUACACAGUUUGGGUUUCAAGCAGGGGAGUGUGUGAACUGCGUCUCUUACUGCAAUGCGAAAGGUCUCCUUUCGGCUGGUACGGACCAAGGGAGAGUGGCCAUGUGGAGGAAAGUGUUACUCUCUAGCCAGAGCUCUCUGGAAGGCAAGGACAGAUGGAAACUGCAGGCGCCUACAGAACUUAAGGGGAAUAUUGUCCAGAUAAAGUGGGGCUCCAAGAAGAAUCUGUUGGCUGUCAACACAACCAGCUCCGUGGUGAUCCUCAGCGAACAGGCCAUGUCUUCGCACUUUCACCAGCAAGUGGCUGUGGUGCAAGUGUCGCCAAACCUGUUCAACAUUGCCUCCUUCAGCGCGAGAACAACGGACAACCUCCGCAUUGACAUGCAUGUGAAUGGCGUUUUUGCCAGCAAGGAUGCUGUUGCAUUCUGGAAUGGAAAGCAAGUUGCCGUCUUUGAACUCUCAGGAGCAAGUUUGCGCAAUUCAGGUUCUUUUCCCUGUGAUUCUCCAGUCCUGGCUAUGCAUGAAGAAAACAUUUACACAAUUGAGCCGAAUCGUGUUCAAGUUCGCACCUGGCAGGGCACAGUGAAGCAGCUGCUGGUGUUCUCCGAAGCGGAAGGGAAUCCCUGCCUCCUGGAUGUCUGUGGGCAUUUCCUGACCGUGGGAACCGACAUGGCUCACUUUAAGAUUUUUGAUCUUUCUCGCAGAGAAGCAAAAAUGCACUGCAGCACAAAGGCCCUGGCUGAUCUAGUGCCAGGCAGUAGUGGGAUUGCGUCUGUGAAGUGCAACGCUGGAGGCAACAAAGUUAGCAUCCUUAUCAACAAGGCUGAUGGGAGCCUUGACUCCAAGAUCUGUUUCUAUGACACUGAAAUGGACUUGGUCACCCUGUUUGAUUUCCAGUCUGGCCAACAGAAGGAAGGGAGGGAGGUGCUCUCCUUUGCUGGACAGGAGGCUGACAGGAGAAAUGUCACUGAACAUCCAGAACUGUGUAACCGUAUCCCUGUUAGUCACUUUUGGGAUCAAAGCGAACCAAGACUUUUUGUAUGUGAAACUAUUCUUGACCCAAGUCAGCAGUCAUCUGAUAAGAAGCAGCAACUGACGGAAAAUGUGAUGGAUGUUUUGAUUGUAUCGUUUUUCAGUACCGAAGAACAUGGCCUCUUGCUCCAGGACAGCUUUCCAUUGCCGUCAGCUUACCAGACUCUUCUGGGCAUGGAGGUGCCGCAUUAUUACUUUGCCAAAAAGCCCGAAGCAGAGAGAAAAGAGGAGGCAGAGCCUGGUCUCGUACCGCUCUAUCAGAUGAUAGCCAGGAUGCCGAUGCGAGAUUUCAUCGGGCUGGAAGAAUGUGAUAAAGCCACACGGGACGCGAUGCUCAACUUCAGUUUCUAUCUCACCAUUGGGGAUAUGGAUGAGGCCUUCAAGUCCAUUAAGCUCAUCAAAAGUGAAGCUGUCUGGGAAAACAUGGCCCGCAUGUGCGUGAAGACUCAAAGGCUGGACGUGGCCAGGGUUUGCCUGGGGAACAUGGGCCAUGCCCGAGGAGCCAGGGCGCUGCGGGAGGCCGAGCAGGAGCCCGAGCUGGAAGCCAGGGUGGCCAUGUUGGCAGUCCAGCUGGGCAUGUUGGAAGAUGCAGAACAGCUGUACAAGCAGUGCAAGCGCUACGACCUCUUGAACAAGUUCUACCAGGCCUCGGACCAGUGGCAGAAAGCCAUCGAGGUGGCCGAGGCUCAUGACCGGGUCCACUUACGCACCACCUACUACAAUUACGCCAAGCACUUGGAAGCGACCGCCGAGCACUACCUCGCCCUCAACUACUACGAGAAGUCUGACACACACAGAUUUGAGGUCCCUCGGAUGCUUUCAGAAGACCUCCAGGCCUUGGAGUCUUACGUCAACAAGAUGAAGGAUAAGAACUUGUGGAAGUGGUGGGCCCAGUACCUGGAGAGCCAAGCAGAUAUGGAAGCAGCUUUAAAAUAUUACGAAAUGGCACAAGAUUACUUCUCCCUGGUCCGUGUUUACUGUUUCCAAGGUAACAUCCAGAAGGCCGCAGAAAUAGCAAACGAAACGGGGAACUGGGCCGCAUCGUAUCAUCUGGCCCGUCAGUACGAGAGCCAGGAUGACAUCAAGCAGGCUGUGCACUUCUACACCAGGGCCCAGGCAUUCAACAACGCAAUCCGCUUGUGCAAGGAGAACGAUCUGAAUGACCAGCUGAUGAACCUGGCUCUUCUCAGCUCCCCAGAGGAUAUGAUUGAAGCCGCCCGCUAUUAUGAAGAGAAGCGGGAACAAAUGGACAGAGCAGUGAUGCUCUACCACAAGGCAGGGCACUUGUCCAAGGCCCUGGAGUUGGCCUUUGCCACACAGCAGUUUGCUGCCUUGCAGCUCAUUGCUGAGGAUCUGGACGAGAAGUCAGACCCAGCCCUGCUGGCACGGUGCUCCGACUUCUUCAUUGAGCACGCCCAGUACGAGAAGGCCGUGGAACUCCUGCUGGCUGCCAAAAAGUACCAUGAUGCCCUGCAGCUCUGCCUGACCCAGAACCUGACCAUCACGGAGGAGAUGGCCGAGAAAAUGACCAUUUCCAAGGACUCCAAGGAGCUCUCGGAGGACUCCCGGCGGGAACUCUUGGAACAGACCGCCGACUGCUGUAUGCGGCAGGGCAAUUACCACAUGGCCACCAAGAAGUACACACAGGCAGGCAACAAGCUGAAGGCCAUGAGAGCCCUGUUGAAGUCAGGAGACACCGAGAAGAUUGUGUUCUUUGCUGGAGUCUCCAAGCAGAGGGAGAUCUAUAUCAUGGCUGCCAACUAUCUCCAGUCGCUGGACUGGCGCAAGGACCCAGAGAUUAUGAAGAACAUCAUCAGCUUCUACACCAAAGGCAGAGCUCUUGACCUCCUCGCUGGCUUCUAUGAUGCUUGCGCUCAGGUGGAGGUGGAUGAGUACCAGAACUAUGAGAAGGCCCUGGGCGCCCUGACAGAGGCCUACAAGUGCCUGUCGAAGGCAAAGAGCAGGAGCCCCGUUGACCAAGAGAGCAAGCUGACACUCUUGCAGAAUAAGAUGGCCCUGGUGAAGAGGUUUAUUCAGGCACGCAGGCUCUACCCAGAGGAUCCCAAGGAGGCAGCCAGGCAGUGUGAACUGCUCCUGGGCGAAUCGGACCUCGACAGCGCCAUCCGCCUGGGGGACGUCCUGGGCUUCCUGGUGCAGCAUCACUUGCAGGUGCAGGAAUUCCAGAUGGCCUACCGGUACCUGGAGGAGAUGCGGAAGAAGAUCCCCUGCGUGAACCUCAACUAUUACGUCAGCCAACAGAGUGUGGAGGCAGUUCACAGAGGACUAGGCAUCCCUCUGAGCCGAAACCCGGCCCCCGAGAGGGUUCGCCACAACAGCAUGGAGGACAAGGAGGUGGAAGACGAAGUGGUGGAUGAAUCCGUGGCACUGCUCUCCUAGAACAGAGGAGCAGCCAGGAUCCCGGCCGAGAGAUGGUACGACCCUUUCUGCGCUGCUAGAACUAAGCCAGGGAAGCAGGCGGCCUUGCAUUGCGAGGAACCAAGGAGCCAGGGCAGAGUCAGCUUUUGAUCUGUAAUCUGCUUGGCUUUUCCCAAGAUGUUUGUCAUGGUUUGGAUGUACAGGCCAGACAGUAGACAUCUGGGGCAUUUCAUAGGUUAGAACAGAGUUUCUUAGCCUUGGGCACCCAGAUGUUAUUGGACUACAACUCCCAUCAUCCUCAGCCACAAAGGCCAUGUCUGGGGGUGAUGGGAGUUGCAGUCCAACAACAUCUGGGGGCCCAAGGCUGAGAAACCCUGGGUUAGAAGCAAAAGACAGCUGUCAGUUAAAAUAGCAGUUAUUUAAGAAAACAAUUCCGUAUUCAGAUAUAUUUUAAUACUUUUAUUAAACUUUUUAGAAACAAAA